AUGCAUAGCUCAGACUCGACCAAUGUUGGCAACAGCACUUUCUUCCCAGGAAUAUUGUUAGCCAAUAGGGUGAUAGAGGGCAAGGCAACAUACAACGAUGCAAGAGAGCAUCUUCGAAAAGCUGAAGAAACAUCAAACCUCGAAAGUGAAGAAGAAAUUGGGGCGAAGAGAAAAAGGAAGGCAAAAGACAUAAUGUUGCCAGGAGAAGAAUCGAGCGAUGAAGAUUACAUGCCGAAGAAAAAAUGUAAGACCAACCGUGUCACAGUUCAUCCAUAUCCAUCUCUUGAUUCUUUUUCAGCUUCAUUCUCAUCCUCACCAUCUACUGGUAUGGAAGUUCAUGAAAUGUGGUCUUCCAUCCCUCCAAAUUCAUUAACUCCUAGGCCUAGUUCAUUCUCCAAUGCCAAAAUUCCUCCAGCACCACUUGCUUCAGCACCACUUGCUUCAGCACACUGCCCGAGAAAAGAAAAAUCUGCACCACUGGAUGUUGAGCGGAUCUGGCUCAUUCUUGGCCAGUUACAAGCUGCAGCAGCUAGCCAGUCUGAGGAAAUCUCUCAGCUGAACAGAAAAAUUGACCUGUAAUUGGCUCGAGGAUGUGUCAACAGUACUUAUUAGGAGGCGGAUGAAAGUAAUGAGCAGGCAC